GUUGCAUUAGCUGGCUGGCUGUGUGCCAAUGUGAAGCAGCAGAGUGUUGCAAUCCUUGAGCUGUGGCCCAAUGUCCCCUCCCAUACCCAGAACCCCGGCUUCCAAGUAAAUGGGUGAGCUCAGGACGUGUGUUGCUGACGCUGAAAUGAAUCCAUGACCGCAAAGACACUGACCUUUCCAGGAAACCUUCCUCUCUCAUAUCACCAAGAUGAUCGCGCUGAUUCCCCGCAGAUAUUAAUCCACCUCUGUGCCCAAAGACCACUGGCUGGAGAAGAAGGAGUCCUGUACCAUCGCAGUAGUGGGACUCCAUCAGCGAACUUUAAGCCUGUCAAACACACAGCGACUGUGUGGGAGUGUAUGUGAGCGCUGGAACCUGCAACUCCCUCUCUGCUGCCCUGCGAGCAAAGGAGCUCCCGACACCAUUCAGGAUGUUUGCUAAAGGAAGAGCUGUCUACGUUGGGAUAUAUUCCGCUCUUGUCCUCAGCCUUGUUCACCAGACAGAGGAGGUGCAAGACUUGAUGAGCGAUGUGAGUUGCUACACCGAUUACAUGACGGAUAUCCACUGCCACUGGACAGAAAACGCCAUGGCUAUGAGCUACAUCCCCAUGGAUCUGUAUUAUGAGAGGAAAUCCGUCACCGGAAUCUUCAGUCCGCGUUUGUGCAUCAGGACAGACUCACCCAAACCAACCUCCAGCAAUCGUUGCGUCAUUAAGGAAGAUAUGUUUGCAAUCGGAUUUAAUUGUCUACUCAUUUUUAAACCAAAGAAACCCGUAAACCUGAGGAAAUCCUUCAACUUAUUGGAAAACAUCAAGCUUCAAGCUCCCUUCAACCUGACGGUUAAUGUCACGGAGACAGGGGACUAUAAGCUGUCAUGGGAGUCAAGGUACAUGGGCAACUCCUUCGAUGUGCUCCUUGGAACAUUACAGUAUGAGGUUGACUACAAGCAAUCUUGGGAGUCCUGGGAGGAUUCGUUGAGCGAGACUGUGGCGAGCGGCAGCCGCCAUCUUGAAAUCCGUGGCUCGGGGCUGGUCCCGGCCGGCACCUACGCAGCUCGCGUGCGGGUGAGACCGCAGCAUUGCAGCUCUCGUUGCGUCUGGAGCGCGUGGAGCGCGGAGGUCCCCUGGAGUGUGAAGAGAAGUCAGCCAAACCCGCAAGCAGCUGAGGCAGAGGUGAUGCCUCGAAACCUGCAGUGUUUUUUCGAUGGUCUCCAGGAGAUCGAAUGUACUUGGGAAGUAACUAAAAUGUCUAGUGACCUUUUCACCUUCAACCUGCACUAUGGAAAGGCCACCAGCUCCGAGACCCAGGUAUGCAAUUCGUCUGUGAUACUCCGUGAAGACUCAAACUUCACGGUUCAUGGGUGCAACAUACAUGUCCGUGACCGAGCGGAGUUUGAGGAGUAUGAGGUGUCCCUCCAACUCGUGGAACCAUCGGUGGUAUAUCACCCUUACCAAACUAGUGAACCAAACCCUCCAUACAACUUGACCAUGAAUGAGUUACCUGAUAGAAGAUUGCAACUGUGCUGGAAAUCCAUUAAAACUCUUUAUGAAUUGGAGUACCAAGUCAGCUACAAGAAGGUUGAUCGUCCUUGGGAGAAAAACAAGACGUGGCAAAUUCCUUUCGGCAACAAUAAAUUCAACCUGCCAAAAGAUUCCCUGGAUCCUUCCAGCCGGUACAGGGUCAGAAUGCAGGCCAAGGUGAAGUGUAGCGCUGACAUUUACAGCUACUGCGGAAUCUGGAGUGGAUGGAGCCAGUCUGUCGACUUUGACACCAACCAAGAUAAGGAGUCCCUCAUCAUUGUGGCUUGCAGCCUGAUGAUAUUCCUUAUCAUCGUCACCCCGAUCGCCGCUCUGGUCAUAAAAAGGAAGAAGAAAAUGUGGUUGGCUGGUAUUCCGGACCCAGCCAAGAGCCAGCUUUUCCACAAGGGUGGACAGAGCGGUGCUUUGCGAUCCACGACCACUCUGGAAACGGCGAGUAUGGAGGAGGGCAGCAUCUGUAAGGUGGUGACGGCAGAUUCCCUCACACACCCUCCGCAGAUCAUCCCAAGGGAACAAUCCAAAUACCAGAUGAAAGAGGACAAACAUGGUCAUUCUUCCCCUCCAGUAUCGGGUGAGGGAGACAAAGCGGAGAGAAUUUACCAGGGGUUUGAACACGAGCCAGGAGAGGUCUCUGCAGCGGAACAUGCCAACCCCACCUCGCUGACAGAACCAUCAGACUACAACGGGCCGUACUUGUUCAAUUUCCAAGACGUCUCGACCCUCCUCGGCGAGUUCUCGGAGCCGAAGACCACGGCCGGUGAGCGUGCCAACCGCGCCGGGCGCGGGCCGGAGCCCCCCGGGUACGUGGAGCUGCCGCCGACGGCCAGAGGUGGGGUAGGGGGCACGGACCAGUUCCCCCCGGCGCCCGGCUCGCCCGUGCCCGCGGCCUACAUCCUGAUCCCACCGGCCCCAGCGAGCAACGCCAACGGCGCCAUUCACGCGCCCACCCAGGAGGAACCCAGCUUCCCGUCAUUCUAUGUCAUGUCCAUGCCACCCACCAAUGCCACCCCCAUUCCUUCAUCCCAGGUUGUCCCCGACUGUAAGGCCACAGAUAUCUCCCUUUCAGGUCAACAGGGCCCACAUGUGGCUGGCCUGCAGUCCGCUCCCCCCACUCAAGGGGUAGACCCCUUGUCAGGAGGCAAGGAUGCAACGGCAGAGCACGGGAGGACCUCACCCGACAACAUCUCACCGGACCACCCCAUGGUUGACCCCUGGCCUGCAACCUCCGGUGGGUAUGUGUCGACUCCUCCUGCAGAACAAAUGGCCCCCUUGACCACCAAGCACCAAGACCCAUGGUUGCCGGCUGACCCACAGCACGGCGAGAGGUCCCAGCCUCCGAUGUCAAAGAUGGAUGCCCACCAGGCUCCAAGAACGCAUUCCUCCACAAAGCCUCAGGUGGACCUGCAGAAGACGGUGGCCAAAGAGGCAGAGUCUCCACACAUGGACACGGCGAGUAACGAGGCCUCAGAGCUCAUCUUGUUCCAGUCAGGAGCCAAUCCCAUUCUCUUCCGGCAGAUCGGAGAUUAUUGCUUCCUUCCCGGGUCCUUGCCGACCAAGGGAACCGAAUCCACCAAAGGCCACGUCUCAUCCACAAAACCUGAGCCUUCAAAUAAGUCUCUGGACUCCUUGGAGAAGCAGCCCCCUCUCCAGCAUUCCCCGUCCCCUCCUCACCACAUCGCCUGUUCUUAGAUUAGAGAUACAGCGCGGAAACAGGCCCUUCGGCCCGCCGGGCCCACGCCGACCAUCGAUCACCCGUUCACGCUAGUUCCACGUCAUCUCAUCCACUCCCUACGCACGCUCACACACGUGGGGCAAUUUACGGGGACUUAUUAGCCCCACAUUAACCCGCGAGUCUUUGGGAUGUGGGAGGAAACCGGAGAGCCCGGGGUAGACCCACGGGGGUCACGACGAGUGGGUGCAAACUCCACACAGACAGCACCCGAGGUCAGGAUCGAACCCGCGGCGUGGGGCGGCGGCUCCAGGAAAGUAGAGCGCAGGAGCAGGCCCUUCAGCCCACAAUUUGAUACUAUAUCUUUUUUAAACAGAAUUGAUUAGCUUUUAUGAAACAGCUCAGGAAGCCAGGAGUGGAACAGAUGAAUGUGAAGCAUUUCUUCGGC